AAUGCACCUGUCGCUUGAUCUCAACGAUUUCCUAAAAGUCGACCUCACCCGGCUCGCCGAGGACGACGAAACACACCAAAAGAGCACAAAAAAGCACACAGAACUGCUCAUCGAGCUCAUCGAUCGGAAAUCGACAAAAGCUUCAGCUCUCGCGAGAAAAGUGAUCCGUUGGCCAAUUGGACAGACUCUUCCAACUCAAAUUGCUUAUAAUAAUGGAGAUGAGCAACUUUUGAUUGUUGGACCAACUUCUGAAGCUCUUCUUCCAAUGCCAAAAUCAAAAAUCGACGCUCUAACAGCGACAGCCAUCGCGAAAUCGGGUCCCACCACGAAAACGAAAACGUUCAGCUCAUUUGCCGUCAAUCCAAUCGAUACAUUUGACACGAAAUCUCUAUUAAAAUCAAUUCAAAAUUGUAUUGAAAAUCCGGAAAAAGAGAAAAGAUGGAAGCAGCUGAGCUCGAAACUUGACGAAGAAUGCUCCAAUGGAGAAGCUGCUGGAGCUCUUUCGGCUGUUGAGCAGUCUCAAUUGCUCACCGCAAUCCGCCGCUACACGGAUGACGUGGAUUCGGAGCCCGAGACGCUUCAUGUGGUGCUCAAAGCGAUUGCCACGUCGAGAGUGCUCUCUUUUCGAAAUGAGGACGGUUUUUUGAGAAUGUGCAUUGAGAAGCUGAAGAGCAAUACGGAAAUUGUGGAGCAUGUGCUCGCCGAUGGAGCACGUGUUGUGUCGGAAUUUAUUUUGGCUGAAUUGUUGAAGCUUGCUGCUGGAAAACCGUCCGAAUCCGAGCGCCGAGCCCAAGUGAGCCAAGUUCUUGCCCGUAACUUCUCUAAAAUUCCAAUGACCGAAGCUUGCGGAGCCGUGCUCUCCGUCACCGAAUCCAUCGAAAUUAUGACAAUUCUCACUGAAAUCUACCGUGAAUCACCGGAUAUUUCCAUCAGUUCAAAAGCUCUCACACUGAUUACUGUACUUAUGGAUGCACAUGGUUCACGUAUUGUAUAUGAGGAUAAACUUCAUCACAAAUUCGCUGCGAUCAGCAAUUUUAUUAUUGAAAUGCAAUCCCUAGUCGGAACCUUCGCUCGACUUGAAGCUGCAAUCGACGAGUGCUCGGAUACCCAGGCAGCGAAUAAUGUUGUGAUUCGUAUGCAUCCAGUGGCUCAUCCCAUUAAUUGGUAGAAGAAAAUUCGAUUUUUCUGUUUUUUUUUCAAAAAAAUUGGCUAAUUUUGUGAUUUUUAGCAAUUUUCUGAAAAAAUCGUUUUUUUUUUCUCAUUUUUAAAUUGUUUUCCUUGUUGAUUUGUUGUUAUUCAUUUUGUUCUGGAAAUUUUGAAUUUUACCUCAUUUUUUAAAUAAAAAAAUCUGCGAAAUUCUGAACUUCUUUUGU